AUGAUAUUUAGCGCAUUCUUCUUUUUCGUCUCCUUGUCUUCUUCAAAAACUGAAAGUGUUAUAUCGAAUUUACUAGUGAGAAAAUUCGAUACUGUAGAAAAAUACAAGAUAGCGAAAUUUGCUUACCAAGUAAAUGCCAAUCCUGGAGAAUUUCCUUACCAGGUAUCACUUCAAUAUUACCACCAACACUUUUGCGGAGGAGCAAUUAUAAAAAAGGAAUAUAUACUCACUGCAGCCCACUGUUUGGACAAAGCACCUCGAAACGGAAUGGACCGACUCUCAAUUAGUUCUCAAGAGCUCCUGAAAAAAUUCAUAUCCGUCUGGGCCGUGAUCAUAACGUUAAUUACGAAUAAAAGAAUGCAGAAUCGUACGAAGGCCAUCAAAGAUGAAAUCCAAGAGAUUGAGCUACGCAUCAAGCCACUGCAGAAGAAGCAAGUCGAACUGCAUAUUGAGAAGUAG